AUGAACUGGACGGGAGGUAAUCUCUCCCGGCAUCGCCGGGGUAAAGGCUGGAAAGAGGAAAUGGCACGCCAAAAGGAAUAUUUCGCCAAGGCGCGCUCUCGACGGCUUGAGGGUGUGAAAUCGAGUCCUGUGCCUCUCUCUGCAGCUAAUUUCAUUCCCAACUACACAUCUCCGCCGGAAGCUCCCACGGGUCUGGGGUCAGCAACAUCGACGCUGAUUAGUAAACCUGCAUGCGCUGCGGAUGAGAUAUCGACAAGCUUGGAUAAUCCGCCUGAAGCCUUGCAAAGGGAGGUUACUGAGCUUUCGUUACUUGUUUCACCAGGCAAGAUGGAUGAAUUCCCCAUGUUGAAUCAGGCAUCAAAAUAUCAUUCCAUGGGUGCUUCUGAUCUAGAAACUGCGCUUCGGGAAACUUUGAAAAAAGGUGACUUCGAAAGAGCCAAACUGCCGAAACUCUCAGUGAUGGAGCCCGCACGGCACAUUUUCGAGCAUCCCCCCCUUUUCAAGCUUACCUUGGAACAGCAACGCAGGACUUCUACAGGCCGUGACAGGAUAUCACCCAGUUUCGACAGACAAAAGGACAUGAGAACACGAGGAAUGAUUCAGAACACACCUUCACCCAGUCCUAGGUCGGCGAGAAUACGAAUUGGCAGUCAAGAUUAUCGAUGGAGCGUGGUGAGAAAUUCCAUCGGGAAUCUCACUUUCGGCGACCACUCGGCGACCAAAAGUACCGUAUCCAAACAAACAAAGUAUAAAACACAGCCAGGAAGCAUCAGUAAUGCAUCCUACAUCAUCAAUGAGUCUUUUACAGGCUUUUCUCUGUCGAGUAGCGACCUGUCUCUGUCAUCGCCGGGCAGGAAUAGAGCAGCCCGCCGUCAAGAAUUGCACAAUUCACCAAAUAAAGUUGUCGGGGCGGCUUCGGCAGAGUUCAAGUUCCCGCUACCACAUUGUGCUUGCGGAGCAGCGAUGAAUGUAUCACCAGCAGCAUCCGAAAUCGAGUCUACCGACAGCAUAGCCGUACAAGUCAGUGAUGGCGAACUCGGCCCACAAACUGAGACGGACGAAGAACGGAUUUGGAGACAGUGGCUAGGAUGA